AAUGCACAACACAACCACGGUGCACUUCUUGAUCCAUAGCCUAUAUACCAAUAUCAGCGAGCUAGGAGGUGAACCUGUCUACCCGGCCGAUAGCUCCACGUCACCCAGCGACAUGUCGUCGGCUCCGCUGCUCGGCGACCGCUGCAAGGGCGAUGACCUCGCCGCCGGCAAAGUUGGAGGGGAGCAGCAGCUACCAUGCUGGUUAGCAUGGCUUGGCCGGAUAGUUGACACGGAGGAGGCGCAGGCGCAGCUGCGUUUCGCGGUGCCGAUGGUGCUCACCAACAUGGCCUACUACGGCAUUCCGCUGGUGUCGGUGAUGUUCUCCGGCCACCUCGGCGACGUCCACCUCGCCGGCGCCACGCUCGGCAACUCCUGGGCAACCGUCACCGGCUACGCCUUCGUUAUGGGCCUGAGCGGAGCCCUGGAGACGCUUUGUGGGAAGGCGUACGGCGCCCGGCUGUACCGCAUGCUGGGCCUGUACCUGCAGUCGUCGUUCAUCAUGUCUGCUGCCGCAUCCCUGCUUAUCUCCGUGCUUUGGUACUUCACGGAGCCGCUGCUGCUUCUCCUCCGGCAGGACCCCGAAGUGUCCCACGCUGCUGGGAUUUUUGUGCAGGCCCAGAUACCCGGUCUCUUUGCGUUUUCCUUCGUGCAUUGCCUGCUCCGAUACCUUCAGACGCAGUCCGUGGUACUACCGCUCGUCGUCUGCUCCGUGGUGCCGUUCGUCCUGCAUGUCGCCCUGGCGCACCUGCUGGUGAACGUGUUUGGCCUGGGGCUCGCGGGCGCUUCCGCGGCGGUCUCAGCAACGUUUUGGGUCUGCUGCCUGAUGCUGUUCGCCUAUGUGCUGAUCUCCAAGGAGUUCUGUGAAACAUGGAGAGGGUUUUCUGCCGACGCCUUCAUGUACGUGUUGCCUACCGUGAAGCUCGCAACGCCAUCUGCCAUCAUGGUCUGCUUGGAGUUAUGGGCGUUCGAGCUCCUGGUGCUCAUAGCUGGUUUACUUCCCCAUCCCACCGUGGCUACGCCGCUGAUCGCCAUAUGCGUUAGCACUGAGGCGAUUGCGUGCAUGAUCACAGUUGGGUUCAGUGCCACCGUAAGCACACGGGUGUCGAACGAGAUCGGUGCGGGGAAUGUGGACAAGGCGAAGAAUGCGGUAUCCGUGACGUUGAAGCUCUCAGUGUUCCUCGCCGUCUCCUUCGUCCUGUUGCUGGCGUUCGGCCACAACCUAUGGGCCAGCCUCUUCAGUAGGAGCUCGAGGAUCAUCUCGGAAUUCGCGGCCAUCACCCCGCUCAUGAUGAUCUCCAUUGUGCUCGACGCUGCACAGGGCGUCCUGUCAGGCGUGUCGAGGGGCUGUGGGUGGCAGCACAUGGGGGCCAUGACCAACCUUGUGGCGUUCUACUUAAUCGGAAUGCCGCUGGCCAUCCUUUUCUCCUUCAAAUUCAAGUUCCACACCAAGGGUUUGUGGGUGGGGCUGAUAUGUGGGCUGACAUGCCAGGCCUGCUCAUUGCUGGUGAUCACUGUCCGCACAAAGUGGACCAAACUAGCGGAGGCCAUGCAGGAGGAGAAAGCCAACUACGUCGCUUAGCACAUGCUAUCUUGACCAAACAAAAAAUGGAUAGAAAUUGCAUGCCGUGACGAUAUAUAAAUAUAAAAUUAAACGUGUCUUGGAA